AGACAGGGUUUCACCAUGUUGGCCAGGGUGGUCUUGAACUCCCAACCUCAGGUGAUCCACUGGCCUCAGCUUCCCAAAGGGCUGGGAUUACAAGUGUGAGCCACGACGCCCGGCCCACAAAACCAUUUUUGAGGCAGCUAGUAUUUCCUCCAUUCUACAGAUGAGGAGACUGAAACCCAGGGAUGACUCAACUUGCCCAAGUGACACAGAGAGUAGCAAAGCCAAACCAGGUCUUUCGGACUCCAAAAUCUCUUCUGCUUUGAAGAUAGAAGAAGAGCAACGGCGAGGAGUGAGAACGUGCCAGAAGGCCCCUGCAGGCCAGGCACUGCCCUUUCCUAGGUCACAGCUCCUACCUACCCCCAACCUCCACAAUUAAGUCACUUUCCAGAAUUUUCUUUUCUCUACCUCUGCCCCAGUGUGGCACCUGAACUGAACAGGGACUGGGUGGUUCUUGGGGGAGUCUAAAACAUACCUUCGCAAAGAUUCCCUAGGAAAGGAACAUCUAGGGCACCACCAGCCCUGAUGCUCCCAUUCCCACACAUCUGAGCAAGGCCUGUGCGUAAGACUGGCAAGUGCUUGAACCAGGAGGCAACCAAACUGGGCUCAAACACAGCCCGCCGGUUUUGACCAAUACCAGCAGCUCCCCUUUUCAAAGCAUCUAUUCUGGGACAGACAUUUCACUAGGAGUUUCCUCCAUGUUUUAAAAUUUAAUAGCCACCCCCCCCCCCCAUGAUUGGCCCUAUUUUACAAAAGAGGAGCCUCCGACUCUUGGGGAUGAAGCGACAAGCACAAGGACAGAAAGUCCUCAGGAGCUUGGGACUUGAACCCACUACGGCCCCAGAUUCUGCUGUUGCCCGGGAGUAGAGGAGGGAGGAGCUGCCAGGGCGGAGGGAGGUGGCGAGAGAAGGCAAGCUCCCAGCAGCGCGAGCUGACGAUAGCAGGUGUUUUUGUUUUGUUUUGUUUUGUUCUGCAGCACUCUUUCAGUCAGCAUCGUUCCUGGAUUUUUUUCUCCCUGCUGAGCGGCAUAAAAGGGUGGGGCCGCUUCCCUGCAGCAGAGGCAGAGGCGGCGGCGGCAGCGGCUGCAGCAUCAUUCGCGGGCAGCGGCGGAGACCGAGAGCUGCAGAAAAGGGUGGGGUCGCCUCCCAGGAGAAGAGGCGGUGGCGGCGGCGGCUGCGGCAUCCUCGCGGGCAGCGGCGGAGGCAGCAAUGCUCAGUCUCCGCUGGAGGUGAUGGCCUCCCAGCCCUGCUAGGUGGCCGGCUGCACUAGGACGCCGGCAGGAAGGAGACUCGAGCCCGGUCCGCGGACCCUGCGGCCACACCGCCCGGCCCCUCCUCUGCGCCAUGGCUUAAGCCUGUAGCCACCUCUCCUCACGUCGCCUCGCUCGACCGAGGUCUGUGCGCCGCCGCAGCCGCAGGGAGGGGCGCGUCCCAGACACCCUCGCCGGGGACUCGGGAACGCCGUGCCUCUCACCCUUCGGCGCCCGCAGCAGACUGCGCUCCCAAAGGCGUUUGCGACCGGUAAUCGAGGGACUCUACAGACUCUCUUAGGAUAGCUCUCCCCGGGUGCUCGCUGAGGGAGGAGGGCGAACUAGCUCCGGCUGAUCGAGGGUAGAAAACGGUGGGAACCACAUUGGCCGGUCAGGAUCGGAGGCUGAAGGAAGAUUAGAGACUUGCUUUAGAACCACAAGAAGAAAGAGGAGGCCGGCUUUUCAGCUAGCAUCAUGGCGUGGCCGUGCAUCACGAGGGCCUGCUGCAUCGCCCGCUUCUGGAACCAGUUGGACAAAGCGGACAUCGCUGUGCCGCUGGUUUUCACCAAGUACUCGGAGGCCACCGAGCACCCGGGCGCCCCGCCGCAGCCACCGCCGCCGCCGCAGCAGCAGCAGCAGGCGCAGCCGGCGCUCGCGCCCCCCUCAGCGCGCGCGGUUGCCAUAGAGACGCAGCCAGCCCAGGGCGAGUUGGAUGCAGUUGCCCGGGCAACGGGGCCAGCGCCUGGGCCUAGCGGCGAGCGCGAGCCGGCGGCGGGCCCCGGCCGGAGCGGGCCGGGCCCGGGCCUGGGCUCCGGUUCCACCUCCGGCCCCGCGGACUCGGUGAUGCGGCAGGACUACCGCGCCUGGAAGGUGCAGCGGCCCGAGCCCAGCUGCCGGCCGCGCAGCGAAUACCAGCCCUCCGACGCGCCCUUCGAGCGCGAGACCCAGUACCAGAAGGACUUCCGCGCCUGGCCGCUGCCGCGCCGCGGAGACCACCCGUGGAUCCCCAAGCCAGUGCAGAUCUCUGCGGCCUCCCAGGCGUCGGCGCCCAUCCUCGGGGCGCCCAAGCGCCGGCCGCAGAGCCAGGAGCGCUGGCCAGUGCAGGCCGCCGCUGAGGCCCGGGAGCAGGAGGCGGCCCCCGGCGGAGUGGGUGGCCUGGCGGCCGGAAAGGCGUCCGGGGCGGACGAGCGCGACACGCGCAGGAAGGCCGGGCCUGCCUGGAUGGUGCGCCGCGCCGAGGGCCUGGGGCACGAGGAGACGCCGCUGCCCGCGGCCCAGGCCCAGGUCCAGGCCACCGGCCCCGAGGCUGGCAGGGGGCGCGCCGCGGCGGACGCCCUCAACCGGCAAAUCCGCGAGGAGGUGGCGAGUGCAGUGAGCAGCUCCUACAGGAAUGAAUUCAGGGCAUGGACGGACAUCAAGCCUGUGAAACCAAUAAAGGCCAAGCCCCAGUACAAGCCCCCAGAUGAUAAGAUGGUUCAUGAGACCAGCUACAGUGCUCAGUUCAAAGGAGAGGCCAACAAGCCAACAGCAGCUGACAAUAAGAUCAUUGAUCGCAGAAGAAUACGCAGCCUGUACAGCGAACCCUUCAAGGAACCCCCAAAGGUGGAAAAACCUAGUGUUCAGAGUUCCAAACCAAAAAAGACCUCAGCGAGCCAUAAGCCCACGAGGAAGGCCAAAGACAAGCAGGCGGUGUCAGGCCAGGCUGCCAAGAAAAAGAGCACGGAGGGCCCGAGUACCACCAAGCCAGACGACAAGGAGCAAAGCAAAGAGAUGAACAAUAAACUGGCUGAGGCGAAAGAGAGCCUGGCUCAACCCGUCAGUGAUUCAAGUAAGAAUCAAGGUACUGUAGCCACAGAGCCAGACAAGGAUCAAGGUUCUGUGGUCCCAGGCCUUCUGAAAGGUCAAGGUCCUAUGGUCCAAGAGCCUCUGAAGAAGCAAGGUUCUGUGGUCCCAGGGCCUCCAAAGGAUCUAGGUCCCAUGAUCCCGUUACCAGUCAAGGAUCAAGAUCGCAUGGUCCCUGAGCCUUUAAAGAAUGAAAGCCCUGUUAUCUCAGCACCAGUCAAGGACCAGGGUCCCUCAGUCCCAGUUCCUCCAAAGAAUCAAAGUCCUAUGGUUCCAGCAAAAGUUAAGGAUCAAGGCUCUGUGGUACCAGAGUCUCUAAAGGAUCAAGGUCCUAGGAUUCCUGAGCCUGUGAAGAAUCAAGCUCCUAUGGUCCCAGCACCUGUCAAGGAUGAAGGUCCCAUGGUCUCAGCAUCUGUCAAGGAUCCAGGUCCCAUGGUCUCAGCACCUGUCAAGGAUGAAGGUCCCAUAGUCCCAGCACCUGUCAAGGAUGAAGGUCCCAUGGUCUCAGCACCUAUCAAGGAUGAAGGUCCCAUAGUCCCAGCACCUGUCAAGGAUGAAGGUCCCAUGGUCUCAGCACCUAUCAAGGAUCAAGAUCCCAUGGUCCCAGAGCAUCUGAAGGAUGAAAGUGCCAUGGCCACAGCACCCACAAAGAAUCAAGGUUCCAUGGUCUCUGAGCCUGUAAAGAAUCAAGGUUUAGUGGUCUCAGGGCCAGUCAAGGAUCAAGGUGUUGUAGUCCCAGAGCAUGCAAAGGUUCACGAUUCUGCAGUUGUGGCACCUGUAAAGAAUCAAGGUCCUGUGGUCCCUGAGUCCGUGAAGAAUCAAGACCCCAUUCUCCCAGUACUAGUCAAGGAUCAAGGCCCCACAGUCCUACAGCCUCCAAAGAAUCAAGGUCCUAUAGUCCCUGAACCUCUGAAGAAUCAAGUUCCUAUAGUCCCAGUGCCUCUGAAGGAUCAAGAUCCUCUGGUACCAGCACCAGCAAAGGACCAAGGUCCUGCAGUCCCUGAACCUCUGAAGACUCAAGGUCCCAGGGACCCUCAGAUACCUACUGUCUCACCUCUACCCCGAGUCAUGAUCCCAACUGUCCCCCAUACGGAAUACAUUGAGAGCUCUCCUUGACACUCACCCCUUGACACACCAAUGAAGGAGCUGACAGUGAGAGUGCUCCCCUCCCAGGGGCAGUGAAGACACAUAUUUAAUCUGCAUGAAACAUGUACAGUAGUCUUGCUGGAAUCUAAUAAAAAUGGUCCCUCUGGCUC